GAGUCCCAGCCCCAGAAAAGCCCUGAGCUGUGGUCCAGCCACCAGGAGGGGCUGGUGACCGCCCCCGGACACGGGGAUGCGAAGGACAAGGCACCCCCAUGCCCUGGCUCUGGGCGGUCAUGCACACCUCCUGCCCCGGGGCUGGUGCUGAGCGCCCUCGAGCCCCUCAGGGCUGAGGGCAUCCUGUUAGCUAGAGCAGGAGGUGCUGGCCCAAGCGCUGAGCCUCACAGCCCCUGCCCAAGCCUAGGGGGAAAUGACCUUUGCAAUGACACCUGGGUGGCAGCUCGAGGCUGAGCUCCUGGCAGGAGGAGGAGGAGGAGGAUGCCAACUGUUCAGCCCUAAUCCCUAAAUUAUUUUAGAAGAUUCGCAGGAAUCGCUUCACCCGCUCCUGGAAGGCAGCAGCUGUCAGGCGGUCCGCCCUAGCACUGCGCAGGUUUAGGACAGGAAGUGAAGGAAAGCCCUGUGUUCAUCCCUAGCGGUGUGUGGGGUUUGGGGUGGUAGAAAGGGACUGGCUGAGAUGGCCUGUGGCCAGGACAGUGGGGCCGACAGCCCACAGGGUGAUGACUGUCAGAAAGGCCCCAUGAUCUUUCAUGACCCCAGGUGAUAAGAGCUUGAUUUAGUCAUUGGAAAGGUGCUUCUGGCAGCAUCAUUUGGGCCAGUCCAGACCCAGACAGACAACCAGCCCCUGCCUGCAGCACUUCCCGGAGCAAGUGCCUGUCUUUUCUUCACAUCCUGCUUUUAAAUAUUGGCCCAGUCUGACUGCGUGUUUCUCUCGGUGGGGCCACACUGACCAUGCUCAGGAGCUGCUGUCUUCAGCUCAUGUCCUUGGUUUGGAUCCUCUUGGCCCAUCACCAGCUUGCCCAAGGUGAUGACUGCAGUGAGCACUGUAACCUGGCGCACGGGUGCUGUGACCAGGAUGGCAAGUGCAGGUGUGACCCAGGCUGGGAGGGUGAGUACUGCGAGAAGUGUGUGCGGAUGCCAGGCUGCCUCCAUGGGACGUGCCACCAGCCUUGGCAGUGCAUCUGUCACAAUGGCUGGGCAGGAAAAUUCUGUGACAAAGAUAUACACAUCUGUGAGCACCAGCCUCCAUGCCAGAAUGGAGCCCAGUGCAUCUACGACCGAGAUGGGGAGUACUCCUGCCUGUGCCCCGAGGGCUUCCAUGGAAAGGACUGUGAGAUGAAGAUAGGGCCAUGUGAGAAGGCAGGGUUUCCAUGCAGGAAUGGUGGGCAGUGCCAGGAUGAAAAUGGCUUUGCUAGUAAUUUCACCUGCAAGUGCCUGGCUGGCUUUGUUGGUGCCCGCUGCGAGAAUAACAUAGAUGACUGCCUGAUGCGCCCCUGUGCCAACGGUGCCACCUGCCACGAUGGUAUCAACCGCUUCUCUUGCCAGUGCCCAGCAGGCUUUGAAGGGCGUUUCUGCACUGUUAACAUUGAUGACUGUGCCAGCCAGCCAUGCAAGAACAGAGCAAAGUGCUAUGACCGCUUCAAUGAUUUUGACUGCUUGUGUCCAGAUGGUUUCACUGGUAAAACUUGUGAGGUUGCCACUGCAGAACCAACCUGGAUCACCUUCUACCAUCCAGCUGACAGGGAGGACAACGAUCCUGGGAGAAGCACAACCAGUGAGUACCCCUGGGUUACUCAGCCUGAGCCUGUCAGAACUGUGGUUACUGGGAGGCGGAGCACCAACCACAGCGAAAAAGCCAGUGAAAGUGGGUUGUUGAAAAUCUCUGUCAAAGAGGUGGUGACCCAACGGGACUCAGGGCUGAGUGAGGCCCAGCUGGUGACAGUGCUGGUGUUUGGGGUGCUCACUGCUGUGCUGGUCCUGGUCACUGUAUUGUUAAUUCUGAGGAACUGGCAGAGAGGGCGCCGGAGAUCCAACUGGUGCCAAAGCCCCUCACAGUCUGCAAGGAAGCUACAGGAGCAAGAGUGUCAAGUGGGCAUGUUAAAUGCAGUCCUGAUAGAGCCCAGGAAGACUACAGAGCUGUGAGGACUCUGGCAUUCUCAGAGUUGGGCCCUGGCAGGUCACCAUGCCAACAAACCCUUCGAAUCAUGCCCUGGGAGCCAUUCUGGUUGAAUAUUUCCAAAGCACUAAAGGUCUCUGGUGCAAACUGAUCUGUGAUUCAGUAGGGAAGCAUUCCUAUGGACAGCAAAUCCUUAUCUGAAACCACAGCUCUUCAACCUGGUAUGACAUCCUGGCUGCAUCUAAUCUUAUUUUCAUCAUCUAGGCACCUUGAGCAUCCAUGGGAGUCAAAAGGGUUGCACCAGAAAAGCCCACCAUGGGAAGCAGCAGCAUGCUGAUUUUGGCAGCUAGCACCAAGGGACACUGGUACCAUCUUCUAUGCACUGAACCAAGCUCCUGGGACUCAGGUUGGCAGUGCCAGAGCAGGGGCAGGGCACAGCUUUCUGCACUGGGUGGUCCCUUGCCACAGCCCUUGCUGGGGCCUCUGGACCUGGACCACAGCCCCUGCUAGGGCCUCUGGACCUGUUGCUUCUCCAUGUGCUCUGCUCUGGAGUCCCCUGGGGCUCCCAGCUCUUUCUGCAGGUCAUAGUUUGUCCAUGUCAGCUUCUACCUCUCCUGGAAGCAAACCAGCCAUCUGCCUCUGUGGCCUUGUGGGGAGCCAGUUUGGAGGAACUCGGGGGACCGUUCAAUACUCCAUCGUGCCCUUUCUUGGCUCAAUACAAUGUCCCUCCCUCUUGCUAUUGGCCUAGGGGUUGCGAGCAUGUUUUGUACCUCCCUCCCUCCAUGAUCCAUGUGACUUUCCCCCCCUUUAUCAACCCGUCCCAUCUAGUUUGGAUGGCAAUUCAUGAAGCUCCCUCCCUGCCUCAGCAUGCAUUUCCACCUCACUGCCCACUGAUGGGAAGAGACAGAGCCAGACGUGCUGCAAAUGCAAAGCCAGCUCCCUCCAGGCUUGAUGAGGACCAGGUUUGCCCUCCCCACAGGUGCCUUCAGGUGGAACUGGAUGUGGAGAAGGCUGGAAGGGAGCUGGGGCUGGUUUGGUGGUGAGCCUGGUUCCAGUUCAUCACUUCCCCCUCUCAAACCAUGCUCCCAGGAGUAACCUACAACCAGGCAUGGGAACACUUAAAGACUAGGCCUUCCGCACAGGAUGCAAAGGAGGUUAGAGAUUAAAUCCAGAGCCUGGGAUAGCCCUGGGGAACAAAGAGGUGGCAUUGCCUUCAAAGUUGCCGUGACCGCACCUUUCAGUUUGAAGCCCGUCAAAGGCAUCUAAGAGAGUGGGAUAUAGGUUGUAGCUGUAUUGGUCUAUAGGCAAAAGGAAUCAGCGCUCAUGGCAGAGGUGAUAUCUUUUAUUAGACCAAUUAGAUAUUUGCAAAACAAUUCUUUAUUUGCAAGCUUUUGG